UGUUAUUAUUUUAGCGACUUGAAAGUAUAUAUAUAUAAAUAUACAUAUAUAAAUACUUGGAACUAUACAUGGAACUGGGAAAUACGGAGGGGACGCCGCGUGAAUUAUUCACCUGCGAGCUUUGUGAAUUAACCACCCCUUUCACUUACUACGGACAGAAACCUCCAAACACACGAGCUAUUGUACUUCUGGAGGAGUGCUAUGUGAUGAAGGAUCCGUUCUCUCCGGAGAAGGAAAGGUUUUUGGUUCUAGGAUCAACUUGCAGUCUGUGUCACAAGGCCGUGUGCGUCAGUGCGGACUGCAGUCUGUUCUACACGAAGCGCUUCUGCGUGCGCUGUGUGCGGGCGCGUCUGGAGCAGUUUCCCCCGCAGAUACAGGCAGAGUUGAUGAAGAAGAAGCCCACGGGGAAGGCACCAGGCCUGGCCACCAACUGAGCGGACCUCCGGAACCGGCCCUGACGGGCUGCACUUUUCCCUUAGAACAAACUUUAUUGGUGUAAAUACUCAUAAGCACAAUCACUGUACUGUAUCUGUCUCUUGGGCAUGUAUGGAUUUGAAAAGUGUGCACUUGCAAGAUGAUAUCCGUCCCUCAUAUUUUAAUAAUAAAUUUACCUUUUUAACAA